AUGGAGUCUGUUGGAGACGUUUUGUUUUGGGUUUUUGGCGGAUUUUUCUCGAUAUUAACUGUCCUUGGAAACAGUUUGGUGAUGUAUCUCAUUAUUUCAAGGAAGCGGCUUCGUAGCACAAUCAAUUGGUUCUUAUUUUCUCUUGCUGCAGCUGAUCUUAGUGUAGGAUUAACUUACCUUCCAAGUAUGGCUUGUGAGUCUGCGUCCGUUUGUAGCAAGUGUGUAACAAUGGCGAUACGAUGGUUGUUCCUCAAUUUAUCCAUGACUAACCUCUGUGCGCUAACAGUUGAUCGGUACAUGGCGAUUGUUACUCCACUAAAGUAUGUAAAGCUUAAGGCUAAAAGACGCCACGUGUUUUUUAUAUCAGCAGCAUGGACUUUACCUUUUGUCGUUCAUUUUGUGCCAUUUACGUGGAUGUACUGUACCGAGAUGUAUACUUCACUUAACAUAUUUUAUGCGGUUGUAUUAUUCGCCUUCAAACUUCCGCUCUAUCUCCUAUUGUUUACAGUUUGUUUUAGAACUUUAUACGUGGCACACAGGCAGAAGAAACGCUUUAGUAUUCGUCUCUCUCAGCUUACGUUCAAUGGCUUUUCUUUUGAUGAUUCAAAGUGCGACAGAUCACAGAGUCGAGCAACCGCUUUCUCCAAAGCUCUUGGAAUCAUAGUCGCCGUCUUUCUUACUUGUUACGCUAUUGACAUGGCUCGUCUUCUCUGUUUUUCAUUUAAAUGCAUCAAUCAUAUUCCAUGGAAUUUGGUGUAUGUGCAGAGGAUACUGCUCAUAUGUAAUUCCGCGAGCAAUCCAUUCGUUUACAGUUUCCUUAAGCACGACAUUCGAUGUGAGCUCAAACUCUUGUUUAGAUGGCUUUAGAUUACUUAUGUUAUUCUCAAGACUAUUACUAUUAUUGACUUCGUAAUUCUUUGAUGGGCCUAAAUUGCUUUAAGAAACCUAAAUUUACCUGUAUUGCAUGAAUCAUUAGUGUAAACAUAAAUUUUCGUUUAUAAAUAGCAUGAUUGAAUGCUUUCCCUUCGAAAUCAUUAUAGAAAACCCAGCAGUAUUAUUACUGACAUGUUUUUAACCGGUGGCUUGACAUUUAACUUCACUAAGAAUUGCCCAAAAUACAUUGUAAUGAACGUCAAUGAAGCUUUUAGUAAUGAAACUCAUCUGUACUAUAAAACAACAUUUCUUUAACUGUACUUUAAAACACAAUUUCUUUGUGUGUGUCAUUUUGAAGAUUUGCAUUUUGAAUUGUGUAUUAAAACGGUGAUGAUGACAACGAUAACUAAGCUUUGUGACUGUUAUGGUAGCUCUUGUUACUCAAGGACUACCUGGUAAAUUAAUAUUAGAAUCUACGAAACUGAAACUGAAAGCGCACUAAAUUUGACCUGUCUUCAGAAUAGAAUAGUCAUUCAUCCUCAAAAUAGUUAGUGAACCGAAGUGAUCAUUGUCGAAAAAUCCACUAUUGCAGUCUAGUUCGUCCGACGAGAAUUGUGCGACGAUUUUCACUUCGCCAAAGGGCCGGCAUUUAUCUAUCAAACAUUCACAGUGCACGGCAGAACAAAUAAAGUUAAUUUAAUAAAUACUCAGGCGGUAAUCUGAGCGACGACAUUUUCUUUCAUUUUCAUUUUUUUUGACACAUUGUCUAGAGUGAUAUCAAUGGAAAUGACGUUGCCCCUCAUUUGACCAAUUAGAGCACGCACAAUCCAAUAUUUACCUUAGAGUAGAAAUUCAUUAAAAUAAUGUUACCUAAUUUCAGACUCCUUUUCGCAUGCGCAAAGGAGUCUUUUUCUAUAAAGUCAUUGUGAUUCAUCAUCAGAAUGAUAAAAUUACUUCGAAGUCGUAUGAAUAAGAUGGAUCUUACAAGUCCUGUUUGGUUUUGGGUUAUUGGAGGGAUUUUCUCGAUAUUAGCCGUCCUUGGAAACGGUUUGGUAAUGUAUCUCAUUAUUUCAAGAAAGCGCCUUCGUAGCACAAUCAACUGGUUUUUAUUUUCGCUCGCUGCGGCCGAUUUUAGUGUAGGAUUGAUAUACUUUCCUUUUCUAGCCUGUAGCUCUGCUUCUCUUUGUGGAAAGUGCGUAGCGAAAGCAGUACGAUGGUUGUUCCUCGAUUUAUCCAUGACAAAUCUCUGUGCACUAACAGUUGAUCGGUAUAUGGCGAUUGUUACUCCCUUGAAGUAUGCUACUUUCAAGGCUAAGGGACGACACUUGUUCUUUCUAUCAGCAGCGUGGCUCAUACCGUUUGCUAUUCAUUUCGUGCCAUAUACAGUUGUGUGCUAUUUGAAAUUGCACGCUGUUUACGACAUUUUUUGUGCCGUCUGGCUCUUCGCGUAUAAACUUCCUUCAUGCCUCCUAUUAGUUACAGCUUGUUCAAGGACAUUAUAUAUAACAUACAGACAAAACAGACGUCAGAGAAUUCUUCUCUCCCAGUUGAUUUUCAACGGCUUCGCUUUCGAUGAUAUCAGGACCAGUGGAUCACAAGGUAAAGCAAGCACCUUUUCCAAAGCUCUUGGAAUCAUAGUGGCCAUCUUUUCCAUAUGUUACGCGAUUGACAUCGCCCGACUCCUCUGCAUUACAUUUCAUUGGAACAAUCACAUUCCAACGGAUUUAGUGAGGAUACAGAGGCUACUAUUCAUAUGCAACUCGGCAUUUGAUCCAUUCAUAUACAGUUUUUUAAAGCAAGAUAUCUGGAGAGAAGUAAAGUUUUUUAUUUCAAAUACGUUCUGCCGCUCGAGAGCUUGA